AUGUCAUCGCCAUUAUCUUCUGAACGAGAUGCGUGGUCUUCGAGACUCCUGAUAGACACGGAAGUCGAUGAUCAACAACACUACGAAGAUUCUAGUUCCUGGGCUUUGUCUUCGUCCACAUCUGCUGAAGAGAAGAACAAGACAACCACUACCAGCACAACGCGAACAACACGAGCAAGAACUCAUCUACUUUCAACAUCGUCGAACACCAGGAGGAGUAACCGAACAAAGAAAAACGAUGUGUCAACCUCGACCUCGACAAUGGGCACAUCAAUACCUCCUAUACCACAACUAGCACCAAUCGUUGCAAAGGAUAACGACACGUCGACUUGUUUCCGCAAAAUCAACGACGACUUGGACGCCAUGAUGAAGGAUUUACGACUUUUGAAC